CGAAGCUUCCACUUAGGAUAACAACAAUCAAGAUAUGAUAUUCCUAAAAUUCUUUAAAUCAUAGAGCAAAGUCUCGGUUUUGAUUCUUGAAGCAGUUUUCCUUUUCCCUAUGAAAUCUUCCAUCGCAUUACUUAUGAACACUUCCACUGUUCCACUAUCACCCCUUUUCACUCCAAACAAAAACCUUAGUCUGCGUUCUCAUGUUCUUGUUAGGAGUGUAAGUAGUGAGGUAUCAUCGGCUUCAGUUAGCAUCAAUGGAGCUUCAUCUGUUAACAAGAAUGAUACUGGGGAUCAUAAAGGAAAAACGAGUAUACAGAAUGUUCUAGAAGAAUUGGAACCUUUGUGGGAUGAUGGAUAUGGGACACAAAGUGCAAAGGAUUACGCCUAUAUAGCCAUGGAUUUGAUUAAGAAUGAUGGAGGACCUCCUCGAUGGUUUUGCCCCAUUGCAUGUGGCAUACCUCUAAAAGAUUCGCCUAUUCUUUUAUAUAUUCCUGGGAUAGAUGGAACUGGAACUGGACUUGUUGUACAUGAGAAAGCUCUUGGAAAGGUUUUUCAUGUUCAAUGCUUGCAUAUUCCUGUUCAUGAUCGAACACCACUUGAAGGUUUGAUUCAAAUUGUGGAAGAAACUGUGAAGAUUGAACAUAAUUUGUCCCCAAAUAAGCCGAUUUAUUUGCUUGGAGAAUCUUUUGGAGGAACCCUAGCACUUUCAGUCGCUGCUCGUAACCCUACAAUUGACUUAAUACUCAUAUUAGUAAACCCAGCAACUUCAUUUGAGAGAUCACAAGUACACCCUUUAUUGCCACUCCUAAGAGUUCUACCUGAGGAACAUUAUGGGAUGCUACCCUAUGUCAUACCCCCUCUUCUGGGUGAUUUUGUAAAGGUGGCAAUGGUACGAAUCGAUGAUAAUGGUAGAUCUUUACAAUUUGACCAAAGAUCUACCACUUCUUUCUAUAAUGGCCAAAAUAUUACCACAAGACACUCUUAAAUGGAGGUUAAAGCUAGUUGAAUCAGCUGCUGCUUAUGCUAACUCCCGCCUCCAUGCUAUUAAAGCUCAAGUACUCAUGCUUGCUAGUGGCAAAGAUAACCUGGUGCCAAGUAAAAACGAAGCCCAAAGGCUUUCAAGAUUCUUGAAGCACUGCAACGUACGUGUGUUUGAGGGAAAUGGGCACACAAUCCUAUUGGAGAAUGGUGUUAAUUUUCUGUCCACUAUAAAGACUAGUCAGAUGUAUCGCCGUUUUUCUAAGCAUGAUGUUGUUAACGACUUUUUGCCUCCUAGCAUGAGAGAGUUCAAAAGCUCACCAAUGGAGUCUCGGUGGAAUCGCGUUUACAUGGGUGCAGCAAUGUUCUCAACAAUGGAGGAUGGAAAGAUAGUGAGAGGUCUUGCAGGGAUUCCAGAUGAAGGACCCGUAUUAAUCGUUGGUAAUCACAUGCUAUGUGGAUUUGAUAUUUUUCCUAUUAUCUCCGAGUUUUUGAGAGAAAAAAAAGCCAAGCUUUAUGGUUUAGCUCACCCACAAUUGUUUCAACUUGAUGAACAACAUUUCAUAAUCCCAAUUAUCGAUAUUUUGAAGCAAUUUGGUGCAAUUCCAGUUUCUGGAAAAAAUCUUUUUAAAUUGUUAGCAACAAAAUCUUAUACACUACUUUACCCUGGUGGUCUACGUGAGGCUCUCCAUCGUAAGGGUGAAGCUGCGAAAUUGUUUUGGCCUGAAAAACAAGAAUUUGUAAGAAUGGCAGUGAAGUUUGGAGCCACCAUUGUUCCAUUUGGAGUUGUUGGGGAAGAUGACAUAUCACAAAUAAUCCUUGAUUAUAAUGAAAUGAAGAGAAUCCCUUUCAUCAAUCAAAUGCUCAAUGAUUUAAAUCAAGGGAAAACUAACUUGAGAGAGGGGAUGGUUGGAGAGAUAGCUAAUCAACCACUUCAUAUUCCUAUACUUUCACCCAAACUACCGGGUCGACUCUACUAUUUAUUUGGGAAGCCUAUAUGUACAAAAGGAAAGGAAAAUAUGUUACAUGACAAAGAGUAUUUGAGGAAAUUAUACUUGCAAAUAAAAUAUGAGGUUGAAAAGAAUGUGGCUUAUUUGUUAAUGAAGAGGGAGGAGGAUCCUUAUAGGGGUUUGGUUGAGAGGCUUGUGAUUGAAUUUGGAACCCUUUGUUAUUCAAGCAUUUCAAAAACACAGUCCGACGCGGAGGGCUACCGUGAAAUCGAGGAGAAAAUGAAGAAUAUUCCGAUCAUUCUUAUGGGCUGCGGAGGCGUUGGGAGACAACUCCUCCAUCACAUCGUCUCCUGUCGAACCCUACACGCAAACAAGGGAAUUCACUUGCGAGUUGUGGGCAUAUUCGAUAGCAAAUCAUUUCUUGUUGUACCAGAUGUCUCAUCUAUGGAGUUCAACGAUACCGUUUUGAUGAACAUUUGCCAGAUCAAAUCAAACGGCUUGUCCCUUCAAACAUGUGUUGAAUCUGGUAAAUCUGAAGCUUUUUCAUCUCCCGAAUCCACAAAAAAACUCACAGACAUUGCUGCUCGUUUAGCUUUUACCCUUGUUGAUUGCUCUGCAAGUUCAGAAACCAUUGGAGCUAUUACACAAGCAGUAAAUUUAGGAUGCUGUGUUGUGUUAGCCAAUAAGAAGCCUCUUACUUCUUCAAUGGAAGAAUUUGAUAACUUAUUCUUACAACCACGUCGCAUUAGACAUGAAUCAACAGUUGGUGCUGGACUCCCUAUUAUAGCAUCAUUAAAUCGUAUACUUUCAUCUGGAGACACUAUUUAUCGCAUAAUUGGAAGCUUGAGUGGCACAUUGGGGUAUGUAAUGAGUGAGGUAGAAGAUGGAAAGCCAUUUAGUGAAGUUGUUAAAGCUGCUCAAGCCCUUGGCUAUACUGAACCAGAUCCUCGUGAUGAUCUCAGUGGCAUGGACGUUGCAAGAAAGGGUUUGAUCCUUGCACGACUUCUUGGGCACCAUAUGGAUAUGAAUAGCAUCAAGAUUGAAAGUUUAUACCCCGAUAAAAUGAGGCCAAAAACAAUGUCUCUCAAAGACUUUUUAGCAAAUGGCCUCCCAUUGUUGGAUAAUGAUAUUGAAGAGAGAAUCAAGAAAGCUUCUUCAAAUGGGAAUGUUUUGCGCUACGUUUGUGUCAUUGAGAACUCAAGGUGCAAUGUUGGAAUUCAAGAGCUACCAAAAGAAUCGGCUUUGGGAAGAUUGAGAGGAAGUGACAAUGUGGUGGAGAUUUACAGUCGAUGCUACAAGGAACAACCACUGGUGAUUCAAGGUGCGGGAGCAGGCAAUGAUACAACCGCUGCUGGUGUUCUUGCUGAUAUUUUUGAUCUUCAAGAUCUAUUUACAUAAACAACACACACACACACACAUCAAUAGUUUGUGAAAUUACCCUUGUGCCCUUGAUCCGUUUUGAUGAUGGUAUGCUUCCGUUUGAAGAUAAUUUUGCAAUACACUUGAAGUUUUAUGGUAUAUAAAGUGUGUUUGUUAGCUUACAACCUACUAAAUCACUUUGUUAUAAAAAAUGGGUUAUUUUACACAACA